CUGGAUUGUACAAUAUAUUUUUUUGUUAUUUUUUUAAAUUCUUUAUCUCUGUCAAAUUGGUUGUUGAUCAUUGCUAGACGGCCAUUUUCAGGUCUUGUCACGUCAUCAUGUAUCCAACAUAUCAAUGAUUAAUUCAGAGCUAUAUACAGGUGGUACCAGUACCAGGUCAAUGUGGAGCUAUAUACAGGUGGUACCAGUACCAGGUCAAUGUGGAGCUAUAUACAGGAAGUACCAGUACCAGGUCAAUGUGGAGCUAUAUACAGGUGGUACCAGUACCAGGUCAAUGUGGAGCUAUAUACAGGAAGUGCCAGGUCAAUGUGGAGCUAUAUACAGGAAGUACCAGGUCAAUGUGGAGCUAUAUACAGGAAGUACCAGGUCAAUGUGGAGCUAUAUACAGGAAGUACCAGGUCAAUGUGGAGCUAUAUACAGGUGGUACCAGUACCAGGUCAAUGUGGAGCUAUAUACAGGUGGUACCAGUACCAGGUCAAUGUGGAGCUAUAUACAGGAAGUACCAGUACCAGGUCAAUGUGGAGCUAUAUACAGGAAGUACCAGGUCAAUGUGGAGCUAUAUACGGGUGGUACCAGUACCAGGUCAAUGUGGGGCUAUAUACAGGAAGUACCAGUACCAGGUCAAUGUGGAGCUAUAUACAGGUGGUACCAGUACCAGGUCAAUGUGGAGCUAUAUACAGGAAGUACCAGUACCAGGUCAAUGUGGAGCUAUAUACAGGAAGUACCAGGUCAAUGUGGAGCUAUAUACAGGAAGUACCAGGUCAAUGUGGAGCUAUAUACAGGUGGUACCAGUGCCAGGUCAAUGUGGAGCUAUAUACAGGUGGUACCAGUACCAGGUCAAUGUGGAGCUAUAUACAGGAAGUACCAUAUCAAUGUGGAGCUAUAUACAGGAAGUACCAGAUCAAUGUGGAGCUAUAUACAGGGGGUACCAGAUCAAUGUGGAGCUAUAUACAGGAAGUACCAGAUCAUUGUGGAGCUAUAUACAGGGAGUACCAGAUCAAUGUGGAGCUAUAUACAGGGACUACCAGUACCAGAUCCAUGUGGAGCUAUAUACAGGAAGUACCAGAUCAAUGUGGAUCUAUAUACAGGGGGUACCGGUACCAGAUCAAUGUGGAUCUAUAUACAGGGGGUACCAGUACCAGAUCAAUGUGAAGCUAUAGUACCGGUACCCCCUGUAUAAAUCAAUGUGGAGCUACGAAUGGGGUUACCAGUACCAGAUCAAUGUGGAGCUGUAUACAGGAAUAAAAACUCCCUAGAAAGGCCAGAACCUAGGAAGAAACCUAGAGAGGAACCAGUCUAUGAGGGGUGGCCAGUCCUCUUCUGGCUGUGCCGGGUGGAGAUUAUAACAGAACAUGGCCAAGAUGUUCAAAUGUUCCUAGAUGACCAGCAGGGUCAGAUAAUAAUAAUCACAGAUGUACAUGAAGGCAGGGUAAAGUGACUAGGCAUCAGGAUAGAUAAUAAGGUAUUUGAGGUAGAUAUGUACAUGAAGGCAGGGUAAAGUGACUAGGCAUCAGGAUAGAUAGAUAAUAAGGUACUUGAGGUAGAUAUGUACAUGAAGGAGGGUAAAGUAACUAGGCAUCAGGAUAGAUAAUAAUAAGGUAUUUGAGGUAGAUAUGUACAUGAAGGCAGGGUAAAGUGACUGGGCAUCAGGAUAGAUAAUAAGGUAUUUGAGGUAGAUAUGUACAUGAAGGCAGGGUAAAGUGAGUAGGCAUCAGGAUAGAUAAUAGGGUAUUUGAGGUAGAUAUGUACAUGAAGGCAGGGUAAAGUGACUAGGCAUCAGGAUAGAUAAUAAGGUAUUUGAGGUAGAUACAGUUGAAGUCGGGAAGUUGACAUACACCUUAGCCAAAUACAUUUAAACUCAGUUUUUUACAAUAACCAAUAGUCUGAGUACAAUAAUCAGAGAAAGUAAAAUAACAUUGUCACGACUUGGUCAUAGUAUUUUGUGUUUUCCUUAAUUAUUUGUUCAGGCCAGGGUGUGACAUGGGUUUAUUGUGUUGUCUUAUUGGGAUUUUUGUAGGCAUUGGGAUUGUGGUUUAUUAGGGGUGUCUAGCAUAGGCUUGGCUGCCUGAGGCGGUUCUCAAUCAGAGUCAGGUGAUUUCUCGUUGUCUCUGAUUGGGAACCAUAUUUAGGUAGCCGGGGUUUCACUUUGUAUUUCGUGGGUGAUUGAUCCUGUCUCUGUGUAGUGUUCACCAGAUAGGCUGUAAUUAGGUUUCACAUUCCGUUUGUUGUUUUUGUAUUUAUUAAGUUAUUUCAUGUAUCGUCAUUUGUUUCAUUAAAGACAUGAGUAACCACCA